AUUGUCACUGACUCUUAACCCCGACAAACAACACCACGCGACCAUCCUACCGUCAUCUAUCAGCGCUCUAUAAAUAUCAGUAAAAAUGGUGCAAACGAGCAUCCUUCUUUUCCUCGCCUCUCCGCUCGUUAGUGCGGCCCAUGGCAGCAGAGGCAGCUCUGCCCAGGCUCCUCUCGUAGCGCCUGAUGGUCAGCAUCACCAUGUUGAUCCAGCGAUUCUCAGCGCGCUCAAGCAUUUCUCCGACCCCGUCGAUGCGCUUACCUUCCUGAACCCUGAAAUGGCAGAGAAACUCGCUGAGCCGCGUCUGCUCCGAAUUGCAGGCGAGAGAGAACCGCGCAUGCUCACCGAGGGCGACAAGAUGCGUCUACGCCGUAACCACACCAAGUUUGCAGACAUUACCGACUUCCAAGAUCUGUAUCAAGACAAUGUCUCUGCUAUGUCUGGAAAGGCCCAUCUGCCCAACUUUACCCACCAGAGCCUCAUAAAGCCGCUGUUCCCGCAAAUCUCAACGACUGAGAUGCACGACUCUCUCAAGACGCUCUCGUCCUUCUACACACGCUACUCGCACAGCACCACUGGCGAGCAGAGCGCCGUAUGGCUGCACGACCAAAUCGCAGAGAUCAUUAAAAAUGCGCCUUUCCAUACACGCAUUUCUCUCAGCUACUUUACGCAUGACUUUGCGCAGCCAUCCAUCAUCGCCCGCUUCGAGACAAAGGUGGCAGAUGCCUCUCUCCCACUUACCAUCCUGGGUGCGCACCAGGACUCAAUGAAUUACCUGUUCCCGCUGCUCCCAGCUCCAGGUGCUGAUGAUGAUGGUUCUGGAACCAUUACUAUCCUCGAGGCGUUCAAGGUUCUCGCCAACAGUGGAUAUAUUCCCGAGCGCGGACCGGUCGAGUUCCACUGGUACGCUGCUGAGGAGGAUGGUCUACUUGGAAGCCAGGCCGUCGCCAAGUUUAAAAAGGAAACGAACUCGACAAUUGGUGCCAUGAUGGAGUUUGAUAUGACGGCGUUUGUGGCCCGCAACGCAACAGAGGAGAUUGGAUUCAUUGAAUCGGAAGCUGACCCUGCGUUAACCAAGUGGGCGGCCAAUUUAGCGAAAGAGUACUCGACCAUUCCCGCCAACAUCCACGUGCUGCCUCCUGGUGCCGGCUCCGACUACAUGUCCUUUUCAAAGGCAGGUUUUCCUAGUACAUUUGCGAGCGAAGGGAACCCGUCAUCUGGUAACGGCAAAUAUACCGGAGACUACGAUCCGUACGUCCAUUCCACCCGCGACACAAUGUACAUUGACGACGAAACGGGUGUAUUUUCUGUCGAACACAUGGCUCGCUUUGCUGAGCUUGCUAUUGCCUUUGUCGUGGAACAGGCCGGCUGGAACAACGUCUGGAGGUAGACAGCGAAUAUAUAUCCACCGCAACAGCUUGCCGUAGAUAAAUUUAUUAUGUAUACAAUUUUAAUGUAAAUUUAAAAUAAAUAUCUACGUAAAGACUCUACCCC